AUGAUUGCACGUACUGAACGAUGUAAUGCUGAAACAACUGAAGUUAUGAAAUUACUCAAAGAUCGUGAAUGGGGUUUAAUGAUUCUUGAUGAAGUUCAUACAAUACCAGCUGAACGAUUUCGUAAAGUAUUAACUAUUGUACGUGCACAUACAAAAUUAGGUCUUACAGCAACAUUAGUUCGAGAAGAUGAUAAAAUAACAGAUUUAAAUUUUUUAAUUGGACCUAAAUUAUAUGAAGCUAAUUGGAUGGAAUUACAAAGUUUAGGUCAUAUUGCUAAAGUUCAAUGUGCUGAAGUUUGGUGUCAAAUGACACCGGAUUUCUUUCAAGAAUAUGUAUCAGUAACAAAUGAUAAACAUCGACGUUUACUUUUAUGUGUUAUGAAUCCAAAUAAAUUUCGUGCAUGUCAAUUUUUAAUACGUUAUCAUGAAAGACGUAAUGAUAAAAUUAUUGUCUUUUCGGAUAGUAUGUUUGCAUUAGAAAGAUAUGCAAAAAAAUUAGACAAACCGUAUAUUUGUGGUAAAACAUCACAAAGUGAACGUAUUCAAAUUUUACAAAAUUUUCAACAUAAUCCAAGAAUAAAUACAAUAUUUGUUUCAAAAGUUGCUGAUACAUCAUUUGAUUUACCUGAUGCUAAUGUAUUAAUACAAAUUUCAAGUCAUGGUGGUUCAAGAAGACAAGAAGCUCAACGACUUGGUCGAAUUUUACGAGCUAAAAAAGGAACUAUUGUUGAAGAAUAUAAUGCAUUUUUUUAUUCACUUGUAUCUCAAGAUACAGUUGAAAUGUAUUAUUCAGCUAAACGACAAAGUUUUCUUAUUAAUCAAGGUUAUUCAUAUAAAGUUAUUACACGAUUAGCUAGUGAUGAAGAUAAUUUAUUCUUCUCAACCAAAGACGAACAACGUCAAUUACUUGAACAAGUUCUUCUAGCAACAGAUCGUGGUGAAGAUAAAGAAGAAGAAUCUUCAGGACAAGUUACUUCAUCAACAACAUCCGUUGAUCGACGUGUUGGUACAAUGAAUUCAUUAUCAGGUGCUGAUGAAACAACAUAUAUGGAAGUUAAAAAGAAACCAACUAUGAAUGGUGCAGCUCGAUCUAAUAAACCAAAACAUGAACUAUUCAGAAAAUAUCGUAAAUAA